UUUUUUAUGUCACUCCCAAACCAUCCCCUCAAUCCAUUCAAUCUUGUCAAAGUUUGAAGCUUUUGAGCAAGAACCCUCCUUCCUUUCCCAAUCCCCCGAUUUCCCAGUUCUGCAAUUUCUCCGUUGUUUCACUCCAGGCAACCUGAACCUUUCAAUCUUCAAUUCUCCUGUUCUGAAACAAAAGAGUUUUGUUGGGUUGAUUGGAUUUGAUGGAUACCAAUAAGUGGAGGCCUUCUCAAGUUGGAGAGGCCGCCAUGGAUGCCGGCGAUUGGAGGAGUCAGCUGCAGGCUGAUUCAAGGCAAAGAAUUGUCAACAAUCUAAUGGAUACGUUGAAGAGGCAUUUUCCCUUCUCCGGACAAGAUGGAUUGCAGGAACUCAGUAAAAUUGCUGUAAGGUUUGAGGAAAAGAUUUAUACUGCAGCCACAAGCCAGUCGGAUUAUCUACGGAAAAUUUCUCUGAAGAUGCUCACACUGGAGACCAAGUCUCAGAAUUCAAUGGGCAAUCCUUUACAAUCUAACUCUGCUGCUUCUCUAGAUUCCUCAGCUCAGACUGGAUAUGCAAAUGGGGGUGAUUGGCAAGAGGAGGUCUAUCAAAAAAUCAAAGUCAUGAAGGAAAGGUACGUACCCGAACUAAGUGAAAUGUAUCAGAAAAUUGCUACUAAACUUCAGCAGCACGAUUCUCUUCCACAACAACCAAAGUCAGAGCAGCUUGAGAAGCUAAAAAUGUUCAAAACCAUGUUGGAGCGCCUCAUAUCAGUCUUACAGAUUCCCAAGAGUAGCAUUACAUCUGGUUUGAAAGAGAAGUUGGGUAUGUAUGAGAAGCAGAUAGUAAAUUUUAUUAAUACAAAUAGACCGAGGAAGCAAGGUCCUCCUCUGCAACAAGGGCAGCUCCCCCCACCUCCUCAUAUGUAAAGUGGAUUGCACCGUUGUUGAGAGGCUGGGCGAGCUUCAACAAAACGAAGAAAUCACAACCGCAACCGCAAAAUGAAUGGACCGCAUUUUGAAAGAUUUCAAGCUAUUUGUCAAUAAUUAAUUAAAGAGACUGCAUUUUUAUAACGUUAUUUGUGUGUUUGGAAUGAUUUAUCAUCAGUUUUACUUUUAUAUGAUUGAAUUAGAGGAGCUCUCUCUCUC